CGGAAAGUGCUGCGCCAGGAAUACUCUCCAAACCUCACAGUAAAACAGUCACCUGCGAUGGCCAAGCUCCAGGGCUUCGAGUUCUGGAAGAAGACCCUGAAGGAAGCGGCCUACGUGGUGGCGCCCAUGGUGGACCAGAGCGAGCUGGCCUGGCGCCUGUUGAGCCGUCGGCACGGGGCUCAGCUCUGUUACACCCCCAUGCUGCACGCUCAGGUGUUUGUUCGCGACGCCAAUUACAGAAGAGAAAACCUCUACAAUGAGGUGUGUCAGGAGGACAGGCCUCUGAUCACACAGUUUUGUGCCAAUGAUCCAGCGGUGUUCAUUAAGGCGGCGCUGCUGGCUCAGGAACACUGCGACGCCAUCGACCUCAACCUGGGCUGUCCACAGAUGAUCGCUAAAAGAGGCCACUAUGGAGUUUUCCUACAAGAUGAAUGGGAGCUGUUAGAGAAAAUGGUGAAGGAAGCCAAUGAAAAGCUCUCAGUGCCCAUCACGUGUAAGAUCCGCGUGUUCAAAGAUAUUGAAAAGACGGUCCGAUACGCUCAGAUGCUGGAGAAAGCUGGAUGUCAGCUGCUUACAGUUCACGGCAGAACCAAAGACCAAAAAGGAGCAGUGACCGGUAUCGCCAGCUGGGAGCACAUCAAAGCCGUACGGAAGGCAGUAAAUAUUCCUGUGUUUGCUAAUGGCAACAUUCAUCACAUGAGUGAUGUGGAGCGCUGCAUUCAGGAGACGGGAGUACAGGGGGUCAUGAGUGCAGAGGGGAACCUCCAUAAUCCUGCACUGUUUGAAGGACGCAGCCCCCCCGUGUGGGAGAUGGCUGAGGAGUAUUUAGAAGUGGUGAAGCAGUACCCCCCCUGCAGCCUGUCCUACAUACGAGCCCACCUGUUCAAGCUUUGGCACCACACGCUACAGAUCCACCAGGACCUAAGGGAGGAGUUGGCCAAGGUGAAGACCAUCGAGGCUUUGGCUGGUAUCAGCAAGCAGCUGCGUCUGCGCUGUCAGGAGGAGAUAGCUAGAGGAAAGGAUGGGGACGAGAAGGAGAGCAGCCUGCCCUUCCCUCACUGGAUCUGCCAGCCGUACGUCAGACCACCGCCAAAGGAGCCGGUCGCCAACGGUAAUGGGCAGGAUUCAGAGGGGAAGAAGGCAGUGUGUCAGAAGAGGGCGCUGGAGGACUCUGACGGGACCGCAGACAGGCUCUCCAAAAACAAGCAGAAGAAGAGAUCCCGCAACCCCAACAAGAACUUCUGUCUUGAGCAGAAACCAAAGUACAUCAAAUGCGAACAGUGUGGGAACCCAAAGGGAAACAAGUGUGUCUUCAACCUGUGUCGAGGCUGCUGUAAGAAGAAGGCUUUCAAGGAGGUGGCAGACUGUCCAAGCCAUGGGCUGAGGUUCAAGACCAAGGCAGAGAAACGGAAAGCUGAAGAGGAGGAGGAGGAGAAGAAAAAAGAGGGAACAGAGACGGAGAGAAGCUGCAGCUCUCCUCAACCUCUCCCAGAGCCCCCCACAGAGCUGCAGGAGAAGUCGAAGGCACAGCUGCCACUAUGAGCAGGACAAUGACUCUCUCUACAUGCACACACCAAACUCUUAACGUGACUGGUUACAACUCACCCAGCUAAGGUUGCUUCUCUGAUUAUGAGAAGACGAGUUGGGUGUAAUCUCAUAUUUUAAACAUUCUCAAGACAUUUUAAGGUCAAAUAUUAAAGUAGGUUCACACGAUGUUCUUGUGCCACUGAUAUUUCAGUCAUCUUCAUCAUGUUGUCUUACCCAGUGAGGAACAGUUGAGCUCAGAUGUUCAUGAUAGUACAGAUGCUGUGUGGAGCUACUUUGGUUUGUUUUGCUGCUGCUGAAGACAUUGGGGAACCAGAUUCAUGUGGUCAUGAUUAGUGAGGACAUCCAGUAUACCCACAACACAGCUGCUAAGUAACCUCAGUGACAAGUGUCCGUAUGUAUGGGACUGAUGGUGUAAUAUGCAUGGACAUCAUUCAGCAGACCAAAACCAUAUUUUUUUAAGUGAUGUGGAUUUCCUAAAGAAUGAUUAGUUUGGGAUUUUAUUUUUAUUUUUAUGGGACAGUUGGGAAGUUUCCACAUCUUUUUAUUUUUCAAGACAAAGAUUUUAUUGGAAGAUGAAUCUUUGUGCAAAGUUGUUACAGAGCCAAAGACUUUAAUUUCUUUCAUUUAAGUUGUCGUGUGGUUUCAUUUCCAACUCAUUAGUUCAACUAUUUAUUUUGGAUAAAGGUUUGCCUGUUGUACAUCAACUCAUGUGCCUUUUGAUGAGAAAUACCACUGCCUAUUGAGAAUUUAACUUGAGUUUAUGUUGCAGGAGGGGAGAAGAAUCAAAGUGGUACCCCAUCUGUUGUUGUCUAAGACAUGCUCAGACCACACCAUCCAAAAGAAAUGCAUUUAAAGGACCAGUGUGUAGGAUUUAUUGGCAUCAUUGCAGAAUCAACUAACCCCCCGACACCCAUUCACCUUCCUGUGUUGUAAUACCUACAGUAGCCAAAAAACUCACAAUUAAACCCAAAAGCCUUCUCUAGAGCCAGUGUUUGGUUCGUCUGCUCUGUGCUACUGUAGAAAUAUGGUGGUACAACGUGGUGGGAAGAGAACCCAUGCUCCAGGUAGAUAUAAAGGGCUGAUUCUGACAAAAGAAAUGAAAAUGCAGCUAUACUUAUUUCAUGGGAUUAUACACUAAUUAAAACAUACAAAUAUUAGUCAAUUUUUGCCAAAUCCGUUCUACAAGAUGCCACUAAAUUCUACACACUGCAGCUUUAAUGGUGCUAUCUAUAUAAUUGUGCAUACAGUGUAAAAAGUCACACCACAACAUUUUGAGAAAGAUACUUGUUUUUGCCAUGCUUUGUCAUCUAAGCAGCUCAAUAUCAAAGUGAUCUGUGUAAGUGUUUAGCCUAGCUUAGUGCAAA